AUGGAAUUCCAUGGACAGACGCUAUGCCCCGACAGAAUUGUUACCGAUGCUGGUGCUGGUUUUGGAAUGGGAGUCUUAGGUGGUGGUUUUUUUCACUUUCUGAAAGGAAUGUACAAUUCGCCAAAAGGUGAAAGAUUUAAGGGUGGUGCACAAGCUAUGAGAAUGAAUGCUCCUCGUAUUGGCGGUAGUUUUGCUGUAUGGGGUGCUAUGUAUUCAGCUUGUGAUUGUACAGUUGCUCAUCUUAGACAUAAAGAAGACCCAUGGAACUCAAUUAUUGCCGGUGCUGCCACCGGUGGAUUGCUUAAUAUUCGUCAAGGAUUUCUUAAAGCUUCAAAAUCAGCUUUAAUUGGUGGAGUGUUUUUAGCUAUGAUUGAAGGUGUUGGUCUCUGCUUGAAUAAUAAUAAGUUACCUCAGUUGGUAAGUGAACAAGAAGAUGCUCCUGUUCAUAUACCAAGUGGUUUUCCAGAGGGUUAUCCAACAGAUGUUGUAGAAGAUGGAGGGUCUUCUUCUUGGUUUGGUAGGAUUUUUGGGAAAAAGAAGCAGGAGGAGAAAAGUAGUGAAAGUAAAACAGCGGUUCUGGAAAGUUUUGAUAAUCCUAGUUUGCCCAUACCUACCUUUGAUUAUAAGUAA